AUUGUAGGAUGUAUUGGCCAAAUCCCAAAUUCUUGCGUGUGGGACAUAAAGUGCGCUACAGUGGUUUUAGAAAGCACUGUUUCACAGGCGGCGUAGCGCGCUGAUGUAGGGGGCAGGGAGCCGUUUGGCUUGCAGCCGCUGGUCCAAGUUGAAUCCAGCGGGCGAGAAGGGAAAAGGGAGAAGGAGGCGUCCGGCUGCUGGGAGCACUUCAUUCCUCAGGCUGCCUUUUUGUCAUGCUAGCAUAGCCAUGCAAUCUCUACCGGUUCCGGUUUAAAGUCUGUUUUUCCCCCUCUUUGGUCUCCAUUUCUCUUCUCCGGUUAGUGACGCGACCGGAUUUAUAUAACGGAUUUCAUCAACAAUAACAAUAACAGCCAGUUUGGGUGGUUUUCCGGGUGUUGUGUGAAGCAUGGGAAAAACAACGCGGCAGACUGGGAUUUUAAUUUUGUAGCAAACAGUUGCACUUUUCAGUGUCGCCCGUGUCCGAGGAAGUCAGAAGACGUAUGAAAAUAAAAGAAGACGGUUUUGUGUGAAGGUCUGCUCCAGGUUCGUCUCUUUAAUGGCAACAGUGCGGAACUUGCUUUUUCGUUCCCAGGCUCCUCUCCUCCAGGCUCUCCUCAGGCCCCAGCACAUCUUUUAAAUACUAACUAACUGGAUUCUAAUUGUUUUCAUGUACAUCAAGAGGGAUUAAUGCUGUAGACAUUUGCAGUAAAGGCUUGAUAAUGGGCUGUGUCAAAAGUAAAGAGGACAAAGGACCAUCACUGAAGUACCGACCAGAUGCUUCAAACCCUACCCCUGUUCCCUCCCACAUGGGCCACUAUGGGCCAGACCCCACCCAGAUAGGCCAGUCACCUGCCCUCAAGGGUCCCAACAGCAACUACAAUAGCCACGCCUCUACCAUCACUCCAUUUGGUGGCUCCUCAUCCACCAUCACUCCCUUUGGUGGAGCAGCUUCUUUUUCCUCAGUGACCGUGAGCAACCCCUUCCCUGGUGGCGUCACAGGUGGUGUGACGUUUUUUGUGGCCUUAUAUGACUACGAAGCCAGGACAUCCGAUGACCUCUCAUUCAAAAAAGGCGAUCGAUUUCAGAUCAUCAACAACACAGAGGGAGACUGGUGGGAGGCCCGUUCCAUCAACACAGGCAAGAAGGGCUACAUUCCCAGCAAUUAUGUGGCUCCUGCAGACUCCAUCCAGGCUGAAGAAUGGUACUUUGGGAAAAUGGGACGCAAAGAUGCUGAGCGACUGUUACUGGUUCCCGGAAACCAGCGAGGGACGUUCUUGGUCAGGGAGAGCGAGACAACGAAAGGAGCCUACUCUCUCUCCAUACGUGACUGGGAUGAUAUGAAAGGUGACAAUGUGAAGCACUACAAAAUCCGCAAGCUUGAUAACGGUGGCUACUACAUCACUACAAGAGCCCAGUUUGAGACACUGCAGAAACUUGUCAAACACUACACAGAGCAUGCAGACGGACUUUGUUACAGGCUCACUACUGUCUGUCCGACUGUGAAGCCCCAGACUCAGGGCCUGGCUAAAGAUGCCUGGGAGAUCCCACGUGAAUCACUUCGCCUGGAACUCAAACUGGGCCAAGGUUGCUUCGGAGAGGUCUGGAUGGGCACUUGGAACGGUACGACUAAGGUGGCGAUUAAGACGCUGAAGCCUGGCACCAUGUCCCCCGAGGCCUUCCUUCAGGAGGCACAGAUUAUGAAGAAGCUCAGGCAUGACAAGCUAGUACCUCUGUAUGCCGUCGUGUCUGAGGAACCGAUUUACAUUGUGACGGAGUACAUGGGCAAAGGGAGUUUGCUGGAUUUCCUAAAGGAAGGCGAAGGCAAAUAUCUCAAGCUUCCCCAGCUAGUGGACAUGGCAGCACAGAUCGCCGAUGGCAUGGCCUUCAUCGAGAGGAUGAAUUACAUCCACAGAGACCUGCGGGCAGCCAACAUCCUAGUGGGAGAAAACCUGGUUUGCAAGAUUGCCGAUUUUGGCCUGGCCAGGCUGAUUGAGGAUAACGAAUACACUGCUAGACAAGGAGCCAAGUUCCCCAUUAAAUGGACAGCACCUGAGGCAGCUCUCUAUGGCCGCUUCACCAUCAAAUCUGAUGUCUGGUCUUUCGGUAUCCUGCUGACUGAGCUCGUCACCAAGGGCAGAGUGCCAUACCCAGGCAUGGUGAACAGGGAGGUUCUGGAGCAGGUCGAGAGGGGAUACAGGAUGCCAUGUCCUCAAGGCUGUCCCGAGUCGCUACACGAGAUGAUGCGUCUGUGCUGGAAGAAAGACCCUGACGAGCGGCCCACUUUCGAGUACAUCCAGUCCUUCUUGGAGGACUACUUCACUGCCACCGAGCCGCAGUACCAGCCUGGAGACAACCUGUAGAGUCGUCUGCUCGUCCCAAACCAGCUUGCUGCUUCCUCCCUGAAAGCAUCCAUGCACACUUCCUAUUCAUCUGACGACGUCUCUCUUUGUCUUUCGUUACAUUUGCAGUGGUGUCGGAGGCACCAUGUAACACCUUUUUGGAUUUCGUUAACCCUCUGUUGAGUUCAGGAUAAGUGUGAAGUUCAGUAGGGAAGCAAGCAUGUCAGUUUGGAGCUGCAGAGAAAGUAAUGACUGUAGUGCUGAUUGCAAAAAUGUCUGGGGUUUUUUUUCCCUCUUUUAGUUUCCACACAACUACAUUUUCUGACUGUUUUUAGAUCAAGAACCAAUGUUUUGUUAUUGCCAUUGAAUUUUACUUUCAGUUCACUUCCUCUUUUUUUUUCAUUAAUUUCAAUAGUUUGUUUUAAAAAAGUGACCAAUAACUGUGGUUGAAAACGAUGGUAUCACCCAAGACUGUCGGUGAUGCUGUGAGAGAGAGAGAGAGAGAGAAUAUUUGCCAUUAUGAAUGUAUGAGUAGAGCAAAAGCAGGCGAGCAUGAGAGACAAAAAAAAAAGUUUGUAAGUUAAAAUAGUGGUGGGAAAAUAAGUGGGUAAGAUUUUUAUGAAAUGAAUGGAAAAAAACACAAUUUUUAGUAAUCCGUUAUGACUUGAUCCAUCAUGAUUUGAUUUAUAUUUGUGAACAACUCUUAGUGUCAGCCAAAAAAUAUUUUAUAGUGCACUAACCAUACACUAAGACAAUGAUCCCCUCGUCAUUUCAGCCAAGUGCCAGUUUUGGGAAAACCUGUUUAUAAUUUGCGCACAUGAUAUUUCUACUAAAUUUCAUUGUUUUAAUGGUGUCUAUAAAUUCUGCGUCUUACCGGCAUGAUUCAUCCAGGAGGUUGAAUUUGCAAGUACUUCUACUGUGGAUUAUCUAAUGCACAUCGUUUUGGUCUUACUAGUAAAACACUACAGUUGAGCCCAAUACUAACACUUUUUUAGAUCUGCUCAAAUGGUUCGUCAUUUUUGGUAACAAACGGAAAUACUGUAGCUUCAUGAUGCUGCAUGAGAAAUUUUGGGUCGCUGCAAAUCAAUACAAAGAUCACCUUUUUCCUAUGAUGAAACAUUUCUAUCCUAAUGGGUGUGGUCUCUUUCAGCAUCCGCAAGGGACGAGGCUCACUGAAUAAUUUAAUGAGGAUAAAAAUGAUGCUACAGCCUUCACACGCUCAAAUUCUCAACUCCGUUCAACACCUGAGAGAGCUUUUGGAGCGAUGUGGUGGAGAGAGAGCUCUGUCUAAACACGAUCAUCAAAAGACCAGUUAGUGUAGCGGCUAACAUGAAAUUUUCACCAGAAUAUUUCACUUGGUGAGCAAAGCAUGAAAAUUGGCGCACACGUAGAUCAAACCAUACUGUUUCCAAAACAAUCGUUGGCCAUCGCGAUUUCCGCCAUUUUAAAGAUGGCCGCCACUGUUUUCAAAAUGGCGUCAUUUUCAACAACCAAAUUUCCGAAAUAUGGACAUGUAUCUUUAUCGUGGUCAUUUUUUUGGCCGGAUUUUCACAAUUUUAAUGUAGAAGGCUUUGGUUAUUAUGUGAGUGAAGUUAUAAUGACUAUUCUUUCAAAAUAAUUCAACCUGGAUCAAAACUGUCCAGGAGCAUGAUAAAAGUUUGAUUCAAAAGGGCAACUAAUGCCGCUUUUCCACUACCAACGUGGCUGAGUUGGGCUGAGUCGAGCUGAGUGGGGCUGUUGGAGUUGCAUUUCGACUACAACCGCGCUGAACCGUGCUGGCUGGAAGUGGGUGGACACAUUGGGUGGAGUUAGCGAAAGUGGGUGGACGUCACGUGAUGUCGUUAGGCGGCGCAAACAGUGACAUCAGUGACCUUUUAAGCGGUAGUCUCACGACCCGGAGAGUAAACAAUAAACAUGGAGGACAUGGAGUCGUUAGUGUUGCUGGUCUUGGUGCUGUGGCUUGUUGUCACCGACAACGCCAACAGAUACUGGCAAGAGCGUAUAGAUGAGGCGAGGCGCAUAAGGCUUCAGAAAUUCUCGUAAUUCUUCUUCCGGGUUUACGGUGUUUACAGAUCCCAGCGUGCUCGCGGGGCGUGUGUGGGCAUGUGAGGACACUCCUCCUCACCAAUCAGUGCACAGGGGAGUGUCUGCUCACGCCCCUAGCCCCACUCGGCUCGCUUUGGCUUGCUUCAGCCCCACUCCAAAACGGUGCGAGUUUUGGGUGCUGAGUAGGGCUGAAGCGAGCUGAGUCGUGCUGCUCUAAGGUAGUCGAAACGCAAGCCGUGUUGGGCUGAAGUGAGCCGAAAAAGGGUAGUGGAAAAGGGCCAUAAGAAACUGUUGUUUUAUAUUCUCAGAAGAGUAAAUUGCAAACACUACCAGGGCACAAUGGUGCAAUUUACUGCCGUUAAACUCGGCAUGGAGUUCAGUGUAAGCUUUGUUCAUUAUUGAUACAAAGUCUCCCAAAUACAUUACGAUCCGCCCCGUAUAUACAGGUCGUGAUGUCGUAUCCGAAUUGACGGAGUGUGCCAACUCGGGAGAGCCGAGCCAAGAGGGAUGGGGCUAAAAGUCCCUCGAAUGGUGUACAGAUCGCACGGGAGUUAAAUUGCACUGGAUGAACGAUCGGGCUAGGUCUUAUUGGCAAAAGAAAAGAAUUUAAAUUAAAAAUGGUACAUAUAAUAAUAAAACUAGUAGGCGAAAACUGUAAAAAUGACACCAUUUUGAAAAUCAUGGCAGCCAUCUUGAAAAUGCUGGAAACUUGAGUGGCCAACGAUGAUUUUUGGUCAGGUACAUGCAGACAAAGUUUCAUGCAAAAUUUGGUGCUUUGCUCACCAAGUGAAAUAUUUUACCAGCUAUCCGCUCCACUAAGUUGUUUGGGAAAGCAAUGCGCAAUCUUUUAUAAUGCAGUUUCAGAGAGUUGUAGAAUCGAUGCUGAGAAGUUUUCCUAAGGGCUCGUGGUGGCCUAGAAUCUCGUUUGUUCAGCUGAUUUUAUCACAUUUUGUUGUAACGGGAUCCUUAAAUGCCAUUUCAAAUGAAAUUAGCUCUUCAACGUGAUAGUUAUGUGUUGAAAGAGGAUCGACUCAUUCGAUUGUUAGUGUUGGAAUCAGCAAUAGUUUGUUCAUACCAUGUUAUGACAAAAGCAAAGUUAAUUUCAUGGAGAAAUAAACUCCCUACAUUUCAUAUUGGAACAGAACCUUUUGCAUUUGUAUCACUGAGAUGCAUUUAUGACUAGAUGAAGUCCCACCGCUCUGUCUGCUUUGUCAUGUCCACAGCUUUCCGAGGUUGUCGUCUCACGUCCUGUAACUCUGUCGCCCUCCACAGGUUGAACUGUAAUGGGGGAUGAUGUGGCACUGUUACACUUCAACUGGGUGACACGAGUGCUGUAAAACACGAUUGCUGAAAUGAGAUUUUGGGGGGGGCAAUUUUGGUUUCAGUUUUAAGAACAGAAAAGUGAUUUUAAGGAGGUCAUUCAACACUUGUUGGUGUUUUAAUUUUCUCCUUUCGUACGGUCAGUUUGAUGGAAUGGCUGCGCAAAUCUAUAAAUGGGAAUUUAGUUGGUGUUUAAAGCAGAUAAGACUGGUUGACUAACGGUCCAUUACCUCAGUAACAGUUUUUACAGAGUACUACAGGUGCUGUAUAGAGUUGUUUCGUGUCUGCUGGUGGUUCUUAACGCACUUUGUGUGAACCGAACACUAGCAUUGUGUGAAAGUAAAGCUGAAAAGCCUUCUGUGAGUAGAUAGGGUCUACCCUUUGUUCUCCUGUGUCAGUUUCCCUUUGUUUUGGUCUCCGGGGGUUUCAUCUUAAGAACGAAUUCCUCCUCCCUCCCUUUUCCCAGAAAUCCGUGUGGUUUUCAAAGGGCUAUGGACCAGUUUGAUUAAUUUCUUUUGUUCCUUCAGGGAGACUUUUGAAGACGAGAGCUGAUGUGCUUUGGCUGCAGGGUUGAAGCAGAGUACAGAGAGUGGUGUGUACCGUCACGUUGGCAACAAAUUACUAACCUGAAUAAUUUGUACAGUGAAAAAUAAAGUUGUACGUAAUGCU